GAGAAGUUAUUGAGAAGUAUUUAUGCGCAUAUCAAAUCCUAAUUUUGUCAAAAAGAGCGGAAUCGAAUUUCCUGAAACAAUAAAUUACAGAUUUGGCUAAUUUUAUGGGCUAUCAUGAAAGGAUACACAAAGAAAUGUACAGAAAUCCGUUAAUAAUUAAAGAUAUCAUAGAAGUCUCACAACUUUUAGAAGCUACACAAGGCGUAAGAGAUGCAACGAAUAAUUUAAUUGAGGAAACCGACAGUGAGGCUGAGCAUGAUAGCUCAGAAAUAACAGAAAAUAAUGAAACGUUUCAAGAAAUUAGUUAUUCGCAGCAAUCGAAUGACAGCUCGUUAUUUUUCCCAGCAUAUAAAAAACGUACAACAAUUGAAAUGAAAGCAGUACGAAAAAAACGCAGAUCAGGGAGUAAGGAUUUGAUUAGUGUAUAUUCAGUUAAUGCUUUUAAGCAAAAUUUAAGCAAAUGCUUUUAAGCAAAAUUUAUCAAUUACUUUA